GGAAAAAAUAUAUGGUGCCGCAACCAGUACCCGUUCUCUUCGAUGUAAGGAAGGACUAAAUAAGUGGUUUGUCUCUUUCACUCGAUGGUUUAAUGCCCCGGGUGGUCGGGUGUUCAUUAUCGAUCGAGAAACUUGAUUUGGUGUGAAGUUCAUGAUGUUCUUCAGUGCUUGAAUUUCAGGUCAUGAUGGAGGAAUUAUCGAUGUCUGACAUACGGACGAUGGCUUACGAGUCGUCUGUAGAUUGGCACAACGAGUCCUUUAACCCAACAAGAUGUAACAACUCCUACGUCCCAACUCAGGAGGAAUACAGAGAAGCUCUCGGAGGCUUCUGGAUGCCCCUCGUCACAGCAGGGGCUCUUAUCACUAUUGGCUUGUACAUUCUGUUCUUCGAGCAAGUGUUCUACUCCAAUGCAGGCGCGCAUAGAGUGUUCAGAAGACACAUUUAUUGGAUCGGAUCCGUUUACCCGUUCAUGACCCUGAUGAGCCUAGUUUCACUGUUGGUCCCGAAAGCCCAUAACAUCUGCACAGCUGCAAAAAUCAUCUACAUGUCAAUCGGCAUCAGUCACUUCGGCGACCUGACCGUGCUCAUGUUUGGGAGUGAGGAGGUGAUGCUUGCAAAGACAGAAGGCAGCAAACUCAACUUGCAAGUCGGGCCUACCUGCUGCUGUUGCAAAUGCCUCCCUUCGCCCGAUGUGUCGAAGUUUAAUAUUCGCCUGGUGUUGUGGCUGUGCGACCAGAUGCCCUUCACUCAGGCUGCUUACUACCUCGCGCUCCUCGUCCUCAUCGCUGGCAACAUGGCGACGCUGGGAAAUGUCGAUCCAAAUGGCGUUUUUCUGUGGCUCAAUCUUUUCAAUUUUGCUUCCUUUAUGGGCGGGCUGUACGGUCUGCAGAUCUUGCUCUAUUUCUCCAAAGGACAUCUAGAAUUCUACAACUAUAAGGGAAAGUCUACCUCGGUGAAAAUCCUCAUCUUGAUAACAAACCUGCAGAGUUUUAUCUUCGACAUCAUGGGAAACUACAAUGCUUUUCCUUGCGUUGCCCCGUACCUCUCCCCUGCGGUCUAUAAGAUAACCAUCGUGAACUCCCUCUACAUCUUCGAAAUGAUGGUACUCGGGAGCUACACGUACUGGCAAUACCACAGCCACGAAUUCCUCAAGCCCAACCCGGCGGACGUCGAGGACCUGCACAAAGCCGAGGGAGACACCGCCAGCGUCACCACAUCCAUCACCAUCGUCGGGGAUGCUGAAGGAGGGACGUCGCGCCAGGAGACCUCCCAGAUCACGGUGACGCCACAGAUAGAGAGGUCGGAAGGGUCGUCCACAGAAAACCCAUUAGUCGACGAGAUGCAAAGGGGACAGUAUGGGGCUGUUGAGGCCAUUACGGAGCAACCCAGGGCUUUUAAUGGUGUUCCGUAGGUCUGCCUUAUAGUGGUGCUGUUAUUAGAGGCUUUUAGAGAAGGAGGAUUCAGAGAACUGCUUCAAAAUAUACGGAGCACACAAAACUAUAUAGAUUUUCUCAUACGAUUAUUGUUAUUAUACUCAUUAUUAUUAUUAUUAUCGUCAUUAUUGGUAUUAUUGAUAUCAAUAUUACAACUACUGCCACUUCUACUGCUACCACGACUAUUAUUACCAUUUUUCUUUAUUAUUAUUAUUUUCAGCUUUGCUAUUAUUAUUAUUAUCAUUAUUACCAUUAUUAUUUUCAUUAUCAAUAUCAGCGUUAU